GAGCGAGCGUCCUUUGCUGCGCCACUACAGAAGAAGCUCGAGCCCUGAUCUGCUCCUUGACGCGCGCCGACGUUCGUCAACCACGCACGCGCCACCAUCCCUCCUCCGACUCCGCUGCCGCAUCGUCCGCAGCCAAUCCGCGGUUCGGGUCUCGAACCUGCGGCACCAUAGAGGUUCGGCGUGACAGUCGUCGUGAUGUCUGGGAUGCUGGAGGCAGCGCGCGGGGAUAAGCUCCAGGACGGCGAGUACGGCGAGAGAGCCGCCAAGCGCGCGAAGACAGAGCGGCACGAGGAGGAGAAGGAGGAGGAGAAGGAGGAGGAGGAGGAAGAGGAAGGAGAGGAGCUGGAGGACGGGGAGGACGCGGAGGACUCGGACCCGGGCUCGGCAGCGGAGCAUGCGGCCCCGGGUACCGGAGGAGAGGCGGCGGAGGACGGCCGCGGCCGUUGGAGGGCGAGCCAGCACGCUACGGAGAACGGGGUGGACAGCCACCAGAUCUCCCCCAGCCCGGUGGUCCACGUUCGGGGUCUCUGCGAGGCGGUGGUGGAGGCGGACCUGGUCGAGGCCCUGGACAAGUUCGGAGCCAUAUGCUACGUGAUGAUGAUGCCCUUCAAGCGUCAGGCGCUGGUUGAGUUCUCCGAGGCUCAGAGCGCAGACCGCUGCGUCUCCUGUGGAGCCAAGGAGCCUGUUUUCAUAGCAGGCCAACAGGCCUACUUCAACUACUCCACGUCGAAGCGCAUCACGCGCCCGACCAAUGCGGACAACCCCGACAGCGGAAACAAAGUCCUGCUGCUGUCCAUCCAGAACCCCCUGUACCCCAUCACCACGGACGUGCUCUACACGGUGUGUAACCCAAUGGGCAGCGUGCUGCGCAUCGUCAUCUUCAAACGCAAUGGGAUACAAGCCAUGGUGGAGUUCGAGUCGGUCCAGUGCGCCCAGAAGGCAAAAUCCGCUCUGAACGGAGCGGACAUCUACGCAGGCUGCUGCACUCUGAAGAUAGAGUACGCUAGGCCCACGCGCCUCAACGUGAUCCGGAACGACGCGGAGAGCUGGGACUACACCAAGCCCUACCUGGAGCGGCGAGACCGGGGGAAAGGCAGGAAGAGGCAGGCCAUCCUAGGAGAACACCCGUCUUCCUACAACGAUAAAGGCUACGGCCAGCCCUGCCCCCUGCUGCCGUUGCCUGGCAACAGCAGGUACAAGCUGGGCUCCUUGGACGUCCCGGACAUGGUGUCCUACCCCCCGCCCCAGUCGUCCUCCUCCUCGUACUCCAGCCAGGCCUCUAGCUCCGUCGCCAUGGUGAGCGGCCUCCACCCCUCCAAGAUGAACUGCACCCGCAUCUUCAACCUCUUCUGUCUCUACGGCAACAUCGAGAAGGUGAAGUUCAUGAAGAGCGUACCCGGGACGUCCCUGGUGGAGAUGGGGGACGAGUAUGCGGUGGACCGGGCCAUCACACACCUCAACAGCAUCCGCGUGUUCGCUAAGAGACUCAACGUCUGUGUGUCCAAGCAGCACUCGGUGAUCCCCAGCCAGGUGUUUGAGCUGGAGGACGGCAGCAGCAGCUACAAGGACUUCUCCAUGACGCGCAACAACCGCUUCAGCAGUGCCGGCCAGGCCUCCAAGAACAUCAUCCAGCCCCCCUCUGCCGUGCUCCACUUCUACAACGUCCCGCCGUGCGUGUCCCAGGACCACCUGCUGAGGCUCUGCGAGGAGCAUGACGUCCCCGGGUUCGUCAAGUUCAAGGUCUUUGACGCAAAGCCCUCCUCCAAAACCAUCUCCGGUCUGUUGGAGUUCGACAGCAAGACCCAGGCGGUGGAGGUGCUCACCGUCCUCAACCACUACCAGAUCCGGAUUCCCAACGGCUCCAACCCCUAUACACUGAAGCUUUGCUUCUCCACCUCAUCCCAUCUGUGAACCCAGGAGGAGCAGGAGGAGAGAGGAGAGAGGAGAGAAGAGAGAGGAGAGAGGAGAGGAGCGGGAGGAGAGAGGAGAGAAGAGAGAGGAGAGGAGCGGGAGCAGGAGGAGGCGCAAGAACCUCAAACAGGAAGAAGAAUCCCAGCACCCAGGAAGAUUGUGCAGUGAAGAGCAGAAGAUGACUGCAGAUGAACAGACCAGUAGAGACAAGUAGAGACCAGUGGGGUUGAUGUUGGUGAAGGUGGUCAUAGUGGUUUGCAUUUCACUGACACAAAGAAAACAAAGUUCAGCCAACGGCUGAGACACUGUUUGGUUUAGGCGGGGGAGCAGGACUACAUGUCACUGAUGAGGAGUUGACCUGGUGGAGUAAGACGCUACGAGGGCCUCGUCAAUCCAGUGAUUCACCCGUCAGGGACCGUCAGUGGUCCACGGUGUGUCCUCCAGACCUGCGGUGUGUGUUAGGGGAUCAGGAAGGUAGAGGAGAGGUUUUGAUUGACAGACAGAGCCACUGACGCUGACCAAUAGAAUCGCGGAUGGAUAAAGUACUAUCUUCUCUAUAAUUAUCUUAUGAACACGAAUAUUUGUGUUUUAUGAUGUAAAGUUUACUUCUUGUUGAGACAAAUAUACUUGAAAGUUGUGAUCCUAUGUUAUAUUUACGGAAUGAAAUUACUUUGACGCAUUAUUUCUCUGAUUAAGUGUGAUAAACUUUGCGUCGGUAAAAUGUUAACCGAUCCCGUACUAAUGGUGGUUGAUGUAAUUAUUUUCAGACGCAAGCUAGUAAGCUUAGCAGCUAGGUGUGUGUGUGUGUGUGUGUGUGUGUGUGUGUGUGUGUGUGUGUGUGUGUGUGUGUGUGUGUGUGUGUGUGUGUGUGUGUGUGUGUGUGUGUGUGUGUCUGUACACAUGUGACUGUUUGUUUGUUCUUUACUGCAGCGAUUCUGAAGAUAGCUUUGUUUCACGUUUUGAGGAGGGAGGGAGCGAUCAUUCUAGAUCAAAAUGGAGACAUGUGAUUUCAUUAACAAUGCACCCAUUAUCCAAGAGUCAACCCUGUGUUUUCGUGUCUGUGCGUGCCUCUAUGUGUUCACGUGUGUGAGUGUGUACUCGAUGCAUUUAAAAGAAACACACACAUCACAGUGUUGUGUCGUGUGUGUGUGUAUCAGUCUGACAGCCAGUCAGGCAUUUAGCAGACGCUAUCACCCUAAGCGUCUUACAAUAAGUACAUUUGUCAGAAGAAAGAGAAACAACAAUAUAUCGCUGUGGGCACAGUAAGAAUUGUCAUUGAACCAAUUGCCAAGCACUAACAAUCUCUAGGUUAACCCAUUCCCCGUGUACAACAAAGAGAGUACUAUUUUUAAGUGCAAGGACGUACAACAUACAAUAAGUGUGUACAUUAAGUGCCAGGACGUACAACAUACAAUAAGUGUGUACGGUUGCUGAGGAACUGAGUCCGGACAGGACUGCUCCACUCUCUUCCUACCCAGUGUUACAUUAAGGUGUGCCCACUCCGCCCCCAUACGAAGACCAACACAGCAUGAACUGUUGGCCCCCGCACCCCAGCCCUCCUCCACUGCAGACUGUACUCACACAGCAGCCGACUGCACCAACAAGUCCGUCCAGCUGUCCCUGCUGCUGUCGGCCCGGGCAGCCUGCCAGCGCCUCUGGUCUACUAGACCAGGUGCCACCGCGACGGCUGAUCACAAUCGCAGAUCUUCUUCC